GAACUUCAUAACACAUAGACCACUCCUUACUCAACGACUUAACUUGCUUGAACAAGAUCGUGUUUUAUUGGUCUUUUAUUAGACUAGUCAGAGUAAACAUCCUCCUAAGACUUUGGACCUUUAAGAAUCAACUCAGCACCGAACCAAAACUAUUUACAAGAAAUCAACAUCUUUUCGUUCUGUAGGGCUUACUCAUUUGCAACUAAGAUGCGUAGUUGAAUGGUUAUAUCUACCUGCUUAUACAGUAUCUAUAUUAAAUCAUUUCAUUCUCUGCUACAUCGUCAUGGCUCGGCUAGCUUUUCCAGUUCUCUUGCUUAUAUUCACUUUGCUUUCAUGUAUCUACGGCGCCCCUGUUAAACACCAAGCACCUCCGCAGAAGAAGAUUAACACACUACCAUCUCAUAUUACCAAGGGAGAUGUGAUGUUACUCAAAGAAAAGUUGGAGGAACUUGAAGCUGAUUUAGAUCAGCUUAAACCCAAGGUUCCCAGUGAGACGACGGGUAAUAAAGAAGAAGACGAUGUUGACAUUGAAGCAGUCGAUGACACUAACGACGAAGCAGUUGAAACCCGACUAGACAUUUCAGCAUCAAUCCAAAACCAACCACAAACAAACCAACAUAGGCCUAAUGAACCAGCUGAACAAGAAGUGGAAUCCGAACCCGUGGUUGAACAUACACAGCAGGUGGUGGAAGAAGGAUUUGUCGGAGAAGAAGGAAGUCAAAAAGAGGUGGAUGGAGAAUGGGAAGAAGAAGAGGCUGUGCAUGAGGGUAUCCUGCCGUAUCCCCAGGAUGAUGACAUAUAUCUAAGGAAACUUAUUGUUCAGGCUCUGACAGUUCUUUAUAGAAAGGAUGCUGAACGAAUUGAAAGAAUGCUUCAAAAAUACGAGAAACAACUACUAGAUGAUGACGUCUUUUCAGAAAAUGUCGUUCCUGCACCCCAAGAUCUGCAGCCUAAUCCGGUACACAAAAUGGAGGCCAGUGCCAUCGGAGACCAGCCAUUCACAAACGAAGAACUUCACCAACAGGAAAUUUUCGACGCUAUGGCGGCAAAGAAAAGGCAAGACAUAGACACAGCUGAACACACCCUUCUUGUUGAUAUGCAAACAUUUAAAGGGAUAACUCUGGAUGAUCUCCUUAAGGAUCUUGCAGAAAAGAAGAAAAAUCAACAGAGUCAACAAUUGCCUAUGGGACCAAGAAAUGUGGAUAUUGACGAAGGAGAGGCAAUGUUUGGUGAAUACAAAGAAGAGCCCGAAAGCGUCAAUGACAGAGCUAUCAAUGAAGACCCUGCACUCUCCCUUCAGGAGCUACUGAAUACCGACAAUGAAGGCGUCGUCGACAUUGGACACGAAUACGAUGAAAGUGAGGAGAGUGCCGAUGAUUUGCUAAUGGAACUCAUAUCAAACUUGAACACAUCACUGAAAAAAUUGAAAGAGCAAAAGGCAGAAUUACCGAAAUAAAGACUUGAUUUGUGAAAUAGGCAUAUUAGAAUUCGCAAGUAAAGUUAGACUGUUGUUAUUAAUUUAAAGCUGUUUAUAAUAGAGACUGUCAAAUCAGGCUUAUGAAAUAUUAGAUUAAACCUCAGCAGUUUUACAGUUACGAACAAGUAUUGAAAAAAGUGGAACCGGCGUUCAUAAAAAUAAUAAAUCUUCGAUUUGUAGAAUCAUGUUGACAAGAUGUUUAAAACUUUCAAGGACUUGAGCCAUUAUUUGACAUUAUAUUUUCUGCCUGCGAAAAGCCAGUAAAACAAUAUACAAAAGUACAAUGCGUUUGCCUGUAUCUUUAAAUUACGUCUUGUAGUUUUAUCCCCCUUCUCUCACCCCGAACACUGAGUGCCAAAAUGGGUAUACCACCAUGACCACGAUUCAAAUAUUACUUCUACGAACUCUCUUCCCGCCUUCCAUUUUAAGGGGAGGGGGCAGACGUAUAGGUGUUCCCCCUGUAUCCACAAGCAUGAAAGAUUAUUUCAAUAAAAAAAAUCAACUACCCACUUUCUUUUUUGUUUGUUGUUGAAAUUUACAUUUUAUUUAACUUCACUUCAUAAGACUCCUUAAAUACUUGUUAUUAAUGAAACAGAACUGAAGAAAACAUUACACAAUGAAAUCAAAAUGUAAAAUAAAAAAUAAUGGAUUAAAAAGUUAUGAGCUGAUGAAGAUUACAUCAGACUUUAUUGGUAUGGAGAAUUCCACUGGAUCAUUCUUCUAAUCAUUACUACGGAUAUACACCUAGUGACUGAUUAAUUAAUCCAAAGGUACAAAUUCACUCACAUAAAUUAUGUUCCUGUUGCUAUUCAGUUUCCAGGAAUUUUAGGGUUAAUGAAAAGCCCAGAUGCAAAACAGUAUGUAGCACUUGCGCAUGUUAAUUGUUUCUCUUGUUUUAUAAUAACUUAUUUAACGAAAGUACAGAAGUCUUGUUUUCUGAAUAAACACAUUCACGUAUGAAAA